CAACGGUUAGUGGCUUGAUCAACAUGUGGUCGAGCUGGCUUCAAUUCAUUGCGGAACUUGUUCGCUUUCUGCUCAUACGAACUUAUGAGUGUGUGAAGUACAUUUAUCACCAAGGCUAUCGCGAUGGUAGGAAGAAGCUUCCACCAUUGAAGCACAAGUUCCUACAAUAUCCCGCGACUGAAUUGGUCCAAAUGAUCCGUGACGGACAAAUAACGUCUGAAGCUCUCCUCUCUGCGAUUGUUGAAAGGAUCAGGGAAGUGGAACCCUACAUCAAUGCCGUGGUUGAUCAGAGAUUCGAAGACGCCUUAAAAGAAGCCAGGAGGGUGGACCAGAUUAUUGGAUCACCAGGGGCAAACCUCCAGCAACUCUUCAAGGAGAAACCUCUACUUGGCUUACCAUUCACUGUCAAAAAUUGCGUCGCCGUCACAGGUCUCCUCGCUGACAUAGGGAACGAAAGUCGUCGAGGAUACAGAGCCGAGGAAGAUGCGAUCACCGUUCAACGAAUGAGAGAAGCCGGUGCCAUUCCCAUAGCGAUCACGAAUGUUCCCGAAAUGUGCCUAUGGAUCGAAACUUCCAACCAUCUACAUGGACGAACAAAUAAUCCUUUCGAUCUUCAUCGAUCCUGCGGCGGCAGUAGCGGGGGAGAAGCCGCUAUGGUGAGUUCAUGUGCCAGCGUCUGGGGCGUGGGAUCUGACAUUGGCGGCAGCAUCAGGAUACCAGCGGCCUGGUGUGGAAUACCCGGGCACAAACCCACUCCGGGACUCGUGGCCCGUCACGGGCUCCUCCCGCACGAAGGUCAGCCUUUGAAAUCUACGAUCGGUGUUCUUGGCCCAAUGGCUCGAUCGGUUGACGAUCUGGUGAUGAUGCUGAGAGUUCUCGCGGAUGACCCCACGGACUUUCGAUUCGAUGAAGAAGUGAAUCUCGCGGAACUGAGAUACUUCUUCUGUGACAACGACGGGGCAACUCAUGUUUCUUGCGUAGACCCUGAAUCGCGAGAACAAGUCCACCGAGUGAUCGAGUAUCUCCGAUCAGAUUUUCGAAUUGAGGCUACGGCACUGCCUGAAGCCGAGAAAUUGGCGGACGGCGGAAGAUACUGGUUCGCCUACACCCAAACCAAGGAAUUCGGUGAGCUCAAGAGAGCAUUCCGGUCCGACCCUUCCUGGCAGCCUCUACUGGAGCUUUUCAAGCAUGCCGCGGGGUGCUCGGAGCGCACCAUCUAUGCCAUUGUUCUCAGCAUGAGCGACGAACGCGUGAGGAGUAAUCCCAGUGAGGUAAGGGCCGCUUACAAGGAGUUUGAAUCGUACAAGCGGAGAAUUCACGAUCUACUGGACGAAGACGGAGUCCUGAUCUUGCCGUCGAAUAUUACAACGGCACCGUUCCAUCAUGGGACCCUGUGUAGCCCCAUGCAAUAUUUCGGGUUUGCCGGGCUCAUAAAUGUUCUUCAACUGCCAUCGACCGUGGUACCGAUGGGUCUCUCAUCGAAGGGAAUCCCGCUCUCGGUGCAAAUAGUCGCCGGUCCUCGGCACGACCGACUGACCCUGGCAAUCGCUAAACGACUGGAAAAUCAUUUCGGAGGCUUCAUCCCGCCUUUCGCAGCAUGACCGAGUCGACGCUAUAGAAUUCCAUGAAGCAAUAAAUGCUGUUUUGGG